GUCAGUUUUUUUGUUUGUUUUUGUUUUUUUGAGUUUUUCCUCGAAGAAAGGGAGGAAACAGGAGCUCGAAGGAAGGAAGGAGAGAGUUGGAUGUUUUCACUACAUGUCCUCUGUAUGAAUGUAACAAAUACAUUUCAAUUUGAGUUUCAAAGUUUCAACACGUGGAGAUAAGUUGUGCUGAGGAAAGAAACCGGAAGUGAAUAAAAGUCUAUUUGGUUUAUUCCUGGAUGGUUUGGUUACAGAAUCAGGGUUAGAAGCUGUAAAGCGGCGGUGAGGGAGAAGGAGAAAGAGAAAGAGAAGGAGGAGGAAACCGCGUUCAGACGGUAAUAACGCGUGGCACUUCCACUAGCACAAGAAGCUCAACACCGGGGGGCGGGGCUUGUUUUGGGGUAGUGACGUCACAAGUUCCUCCUUUCGAGGAAACUGCGUCAACGAGCGCUUUUCGCGCACGAAAGCAUGUGGAUGGACCUACCCCGGGUGUGAAGGUGUAUCCGGGUUUGAUGGAGAUCAUCAGGGGUCGGGCCUAAAGCCGCAGAAACACACAGAUCAACUUUAAAGCAUCUUCAACUGGAGAAAAAAAAAAAAAAACGAGAGGAGGAAAAGAAAGAUGCAACAUUGAAACUUUAGGACUGGAGAGAAGAUACAAGUUGGAAGGGCAUGGAGGAAGGGAAAAUGUGAAGAUGAAGGGAUCUGGGAGAAAUGUCCAAGCUUGGAGAAGGAAAGGAAUGAUCACUUAGGACGAAGGAGAAGAAAAAAAAGUGAGAAAAAGAAAGAGUGGGGGGAAAGUUUGGAGAAAGCCAUGGCGCGCGAGAAUGAGGAACCCGGAGAGGGUGCGAAAAAGCGCAAAAAGCGGAAAAGUAAAAAAGAGAGCAAGACCAGGACCGUGCACGCGAACAUUGUGUCCGAGCAGAACCCUAACCCGAACCCGAACCGGCUGUACGCCAACAACAAGAUCAAGACAACCAAGUACACCGUGCUCUCCUUCAUCCCCAAGAACCUCUUCGAGCAGUUCCACCGGUUCGCCAACGUCUACUUCGUCUUCAUCGCGCUGCUCAACUUCGUGCCGGUGGUCAAGGCGUUCCAGCCCGUGCUCGCGCUCGCGCCCGUGCUCUUCAUCCUCUCCGUCACCGCCAUCAAGGACCUGUGGGAGGACUACCGCCGACACCGGUCCGACCAGGAGAUCAACCACAUGGACUGCCUGGUUUAUAGCAGAAUCGAGCGGCACUAUGUGGAGCACUACUGGAAGGAGGUCCGUGUAGGAGACUUCAUCCGUCUGCGCUGUAACGAGAUCGUCCCGGCCGACGUGCUGCUGCUGAGCUCCAGCGAUCCGGACCGGCUGUGUCACAUCGAGACGGCUACUCUGGACGGAGAGACUAAUUUGAAGCAGAGGCAGGUGGUGCGCAGCUUCAUCGACCUGGACACCGAGUUCAACCCCAUUAAGUACAACAGCGUUAUCGAGUGCGAGAAGCCAAACAACGACCUGAACCGUUUCCGUGGUUACAUAAUCCAUCGUAACGGAAGGAGAGAUGGCCUUUACAAAGACAACCUGCUGCUUAGAGGCUGCACCAUUCGCAAUACAGAGGAGGCUGUGGGGAUCGUCAUCUACGCAGGUCAUGAAACCAAAGCCAUGCUGAACAACAACGGGCCGCGAUACAAACGCAGUAAACUGGAGCGGCGCAUGAACGUAGACGUGUUCUGGUGUGUCAUCAUCCUGCUGGUCAUGUGUCUGUUCACCGCCAUCGGUCAUGGUUUGUGGGUGUAUCAGUAUGGAGAUAAGAGGCCGGUGUUUGAUGUUCUGAGUCCUGAGGGAACGGAUCUCUCUCCAAUCGUCUCGGCUGUUUAUCUUUUCCUCACCAUGAUCAUCGUGUUGCAGGUUCUGAUCCCCAUCUCACUCUUCGUCUCCAUUGAGAUUGUGAAGAUCUGCCAGGUUUAUUUUAUCCACCAGGACAUGGAUCUGUACGACGAGGAGACCGACUGUCACCUGCAGUGUCGGGCGCUGAACAUCACCGAGGACCUCGGCCAGAUGCAGUACAUCUUCUCCGAUAAGACGGGAACGCUCACCGAGAACAAGAUGGUGUUCCGCCGCUGCACCGUGGCCGGGGUCGAGUACUCGCACGAUGCUAACGCGCGGAGGCUGGCGAUGAUGUACCAGGACGUGGACUCUGAGGAGGAGGAGUGUGUGUCUCACGGAGGAACGUUGCCGAGGAGAGAGAGUGUGUGCAGUCAGCAUAGCGGCCGAGUCGUCCUGCGCUCACACAGCACCAAAUCCCACCGACGCACCGGGAGCCGAGCCGAGGCCAAGCGGGCCAGUAUCCUGUCCAAACACACCGCCUUCAGCAGCCCUAUGGAGAAAGACAUCACUCCAGAUCCUCAGCUGAUGGAUAAGGUGAACGAGUGCGGCAGUCAGAUGGAGUUCAUGCGUUUCCACACCCAGCUUUUAAACCAGAUUCCUCCUGACCUGUGUGACGUCUUCGACUUCUUCAUCGCUCUCACCAUCUGCAACACGGUGGUCGUGUCGUCGCCCAAUCAGCCGCGCCAGAAGGUGCGCCGUUUUGAGCUGAAAUCUCCUGUGAAGACCAUCGAGGACUUUAUCAAGCGCUUCACACCGAGUCGUCUGACGUCAGGAUCCAACAACAGCAGCUCGUCCAGCCUGGUCACCAACCGCUCGUCGUCUCAGCGCGCCGUCCCCAGUGUACUGUCGUCUCCGUCGGCCGAGAACGCGAUGGCUAAGCUGGAGGAGGAGCGUCUGCAGCAGGCCUUCAGCCCCGUCCCGCUCGGACACGACCCGGCCAAGGCUUCGUCUCGGGAUGAAGGCGAGCUGCGUUACGAAGCCGAGUCUCCGGACGAAGCGGCUCUGGUGUAUGCAGCACGAGCCUAUAAAUGCGCUCUGGUUGGCCGGCUGGCGGAUCAGGUGACCGUGGAGCUGCCGCAUGUGGGGAAGCUGAGCUUCGAGCUGCUGCACACGCUGGGGUUCGACUCCACACGGAAACGCAUGUCUGUGGUGGUGAGACAUCCUCUGACAGAGCAGAUCACCGUGUACACUAAAGGAGCCGACUCGGUCAUCAUGGACCUCAUCAGACCCCCUGCAACAGAAAAUUCCAAAGGAAAACGUCAACGUAAAAUUCUCUUCAAAACCCAGAACUACUUGAACCUGUACGCCGCUGACGGCCUCCGAACCCUGUGUAUCGCCAAGAAGGUCCUCAGUAAGGAAGAGUAUGCCUGCUGGCUGCGGCGCCACCUGGAGGCUGAAACGGCCAUCCAGGGCAGAGAGGAGCUGCUGUUUGAGUCGGCGCUGCGGCUGGAGACCGAUCUUCACCUGCUAGGGGCGACAGGGGUCGAGGACCGGUUGCAGGACGGCGUACCCGAGACCAUCGCUGCUCUGAGGAAGGCGGGGCUUCAGAUCUGGGUGCUGACGGGUGACAAACAGGAAACGGCCAUCAACAUCGCGUACAGCUGCAAACUGCUGGAUCCCGAGGAGGAAAUCAUCACGCUCAACGCUGACUCCCAGGAGGCCUGUGCUGUUCUACUUGAUGAAAGCCUACACUACAUCCAGGCUAAGUUCCUGUGCAGUUCCUCGUCAGACCCUCUCACAACGCGACUUGUCCAGCAGGACUACACCAGUGUGCACUUCCUGACUCCAGGCUCAGGCUCCGCCCCCUCGGGCUUAAACCUGGUUCAUCGGCUGGGGUUGGUGAUUGAUGGUCGCACGCUGGCUUAUGCUCUGGAUAAGAGUCUGGAGGAAAAGUUCCUGGCUGUAGCUCGGAGCUGCAGGUCGGUGCUGUGCUGUCGAUCCACACCACUGCAGAAGAGCAUGGUGGUCAAACUGGUGCGCAACAAGCUCAAGGUCAUGACCUUGGCAAUAGGUGAUGGGGCUAACGACGUCAGUAUGAUCCAGGUGGCAGAUGUUGGUGUGGGUAUCUCGGGGCAGGAGGGCAUGCAGGCAGUGAUGGCCAGCGAUUUUGCUCUUCCUCGCUUUCAGUACCUGCAGAAGCUCCUCCUGGUUCAUGGACACUGGUGCUACUCUCGGCUGGCCAACAUGAUCCUCUACUUCUUCUACAAAAACGCUAUGUUUGUGGCGCUUAUUUUCUGGUAUCAGUUCUACUGCGGAUUCUCGGGCUCAGCCAUGGUCGAUCAGUGGUAUCUGAUCUUCUUCAACCUGAUGUUCUCAGCAUUCCCGCAGCUCAUCACCGGCACGUUGGAUAAAGAUGUAUCCGCGGAGACCCUGCAGGAACUACCUCAGCUCUAUAUGAACGGACAGAACUCGGAGGAAUAUAAGCCGUACAUGUUCUGGAUGAAUAUGAUUGAUGCUAUUUAUCAAAGUCUCAUCUGUUUCUUCAUCCCCUACUUUGCGUACGCUGACUCGGACGUGGAUCUGUUCACCUGGGGCACGCCCAUUACUACCCUCGCCCUCUUCACCAUCCUGCUGCAGCUUGGAAUCGAAACCAAAACCUGGACGUGGAUGAACUGGGUGUCCAUAGCGUUCAGCAUUUUGCUUUUCUUCACCGUGGCUCUCUGCUACAACGCCUCCUGCCCCACCUGCUACUCGCCCUCCAACCCGUACUGGAGCAUGCAGAGGCUGCUGGGAGAUCCUCUCUUCUACCUGCUGUGUGUCGUCACACCCAUCACCGCUCUCCUGCCCAGAUAUUUCUACAGAGCGUGUCAGGGCUCGGUGUUCCCCAGCCCAGUGCAGGUGGGCCGUCAGCUGGACAGAUUGCCUUCAGAGCUCCGCAGACAUCUUCUCCACCAGAACCAGGCCAAGCUCUUCCCUUUCUGCAAACCUUUUCUUAAACCAUGCAGCUCCACCCUCACGUCCCCUCACCCCGCUCACGCCAAGCACAAGCCCAGAACCACCGAUCGCUGCAUGACCAAGAGCUCAGAAAAGAAGGACACGUCCCCGAGCUCCAGGACCACGGAGAACCACGUGGCACAGAACUCCGAAAACUUUUAUCACGGACCUACCGAGAGCAGCACACUACCGUAUACCAAAGAUCACCCUCGGCCACAUGGGGGCGCCGUUCUCACCUCUACGCCGCUGCUUCCUCGCACAGACAGCGUGCAGUUCGUAUCGCCCCCUAGCGGCGGUCCUCCGGGCGUCACCUAUAAAAAGGAGAACCUAACCCCCCCCGGGUGUCCCGGAGAACCCACAGAACCGCCUUCGGGUUCGUGAUCGUGAUUAAUCCCAGCCGGUUUUGCACGUUUGGAGAAAAUUUUAAUUCUAUUUUUCAGAAUUGUUUUAUCAGAUGGGUACUAUUAUAAUUAUUAUUAUUAUUGUUAUAUACAUUUAUAUAUUUUAGAUGUGUACAGUUUUUUUUUUUUUUUUUUUUGGAAUAAAGAUUAUGGGGCUUUUUUCAGAGUAAAAAUUUAUACACGAAAAACUGGAUGUGUCCUGAACGGAUGUUUCUACCAGGAAAACAAUUCCUAAAAUUUCUAAAGUUUAUAUUCCUUAGCUGUUAUUUAUUCGGAACACUGAUACACUAAUACACACACACCCACACAAACACACACAGUAUUAGAUAACUAAUGCAUCCCCUUUUCCCUUUACGCACUACAUUCCGAAAUGUACGGGAUUAUUCUGGAGCUCGGGGGUGAAAUACGCCAAAUACUCCCUUUUUUUUAUUGUGUCAAUACCAAAGAUGCAUCUCAUGAAUAUUCAUGCUGCUUAUUUGUAUAUAAAUCUGAAUGGUUUUAUAGACAUAUUUAUGUCAUAUACACUUCGUAGGGUGUAUAUUUAUAAAGCAAAACUUUUACAUUGAGAAAUAAUCACUAGCACGAGCAGAAAGAUUUGAUUACAUGCGAUUAUGCAGUCGGCUGAUUAAUUCGUCUAAGGCAUCAUGGUAACACUGUUGGUUUUUGUUUUUAAGGGUUAAAUGAUUGUAUUUCAGCGUGUUAAACACUUAAGUGUGAUCUGAAACCAAAACCAAAACAUAUUCCAGGUGCCUCGCUGUUUAUUGUUUAAUAUCCUGCUGGAUUUUUAUUGAAUUGACUGUAACACAUUUUCCUGAUUUUAAAUCCGGCCAAUGAAAGAAAUAUUGGAGCUUCGGUGCUAAGUUGUUGGGAUGACACCUCCUAUGAGUCCUGUGUUCAUAAAUGCAUUAUGAACAUAGUCAUAUCGCAUACAUAAGACCCACUAGUGUCUGGCAUGAUCGUACGUAUAGUUUGGAAAAUUCCAUAUGAGCCUUAGGCUUAUGUAUGCUCUAUAAUUCCUGGCGAUAUUUUGCAGUAUUCCUAAUAAAAAUUUACUAAAGUCUU